AGCGGAGUCGCCAUUUUAAUGUCAGCCUUAAAAUGGCUGAAAAAUGCAGGAAAGAAGGAGAGACGCUGACAAGGUUUCUUUUCUUUUUUUGAUAACAGAACCGACAUCCAAAUUUACUGACAUAUUACGGGGUUAAUGGCUAAGGGGAGAGUCUGACGUCGGUAAAAUGGAUAUUAAAACUGCGGUUUUCAACGCGGCCAGAGAUGGGAAGCUGAAACUUAUCCAGAAGUUGCUGAGCAACAAAAGUCCGGAGGAGUUGGAGGCGCUUGCCGAGGAGAAGACACAAGGAGGCACUCCGCUUCUGAUCGCCUCCCGAUACGGUCAUUUGGAGGUAGUGGAUUAUCUACUUGGACACUGUAAAGCUAAUGUAGAGCUGGGGGGAUCCGUUAACUUUGACGGAGAGACUAUUGAAGGGGCUCCCCCUUUAUGGGCGGCUUCUGCGGCUGGUCACCUGCCGGUCGUGCGGACCUUGUUGAAGCACGGGGCGUCGGUGAACAACACCACGCUAACAAAUUCGACCCCACUACGUGCCGCCUGCUUUGAUGGUCACCUAGAAAUUGUGCGCUACCUGGUGGAGCACCGUGCUGACAUGGAGGUAGCUAACCGGCAUGGCCACACCUGUCUCAUGAUAUCUUGCUACAAAGGCCACAAAGAGAUUGCCAAGUUUCUGCUUGAGCGUGGUGCAGAUGUUAACCGCAAGAGUAUAAAGGGCAACACGGCACUCCAUGACUGUGCAGAGUCUGGGAGCCUGGACAUCAUGAAGAUGCUGUUGAAGUGCAAUGCACGCAUGGAGAAGGAUGGCUACGGAAUGACCCCCUUGCUUGCUGCUAGCGUGACAGGUCACACGAACAUAGUGGAGUACCUGGUGCAUCAGCCUCGCUCCUCGCGAGAGGAGCGCGUCGACGCCCUCGAGCUCUUGGGCGCAACGUUUGUCGACAAGAAGCGAGACCUGCUGGGCGCCAUGCGGUAUUGGCGACGGGCUUUGGAGCUGCGUCAGCCCGGGGACAGGACCGGGGCGCUGAGCAAGCCGCCCCCAGGGCCCCCCGUCCCGGCGUACGACUGCGCGCAGGAGGUGACCACGACCGAGGAGCUGGAGGCUCUCAUCACCGACCCGGACGAGAUGCGCAUGCAGGCGCUGCUGGUGCGCGAGCGCAUCCUGGGGCCCUCGCACCCGGACACGUCCUACUACAUCCGCUACCGCGGGGCCGUCUACGCCGACUCGGGCAACUUCGAGCGCUGCAUCAGCCUGUGGAAGUACGCGCUGGACAUGCAGCAGAGCAACCUGGACCCACUCAGCCCCAUGACGGCCAGCAGCUUCCUGUCCUUCGCCGAGCUCUUCUCCUUCGUGCUGCAGGACCGGGCCAAGGGCACGCUGGCCACCCGCGUCACUUUCCAGGACCUGAUGGGCGUGCUGGGCAAGAGCGUGCGCGAGGUGGAGCGGGCGGUGGCGCAGCGCGACAGCCCCCCCGAGGCGCCCCAGUUCACCAAGGCGCUCUCCAUCAUCCUGCACCUGCUCUUCCUCCUGGAGAAGCUGGACUGCACCCCCGAGCAGGAGUACCAGAAGAAGCAGACGGUCUACCGCCUGCUGAAGCUGAACCCGCGGGCGCGCAACGGCUACACCCCGCUGCACAUGGCGGCCGACAAGGACACGACGGCAGUGGGCCGCUACCCCGUGGGCCGCUUCCCGUCGGCCGCCGUGGCGGGGCUGCUCCUGGAGUGCGGCGCGGACGCGGACUCGCGCGACUGCGACAACAACACACCGCUGCACGUCUCCGCCGCCAACGGCUGCCCCGAGAUCAUGAGCAUGCUGGUGCGCGCCGGGUCCCACUUCGACGCCACCAACUCCAAGGGGAAGACGGCCUACGAGCUGCUGGACGAGCAGAACGCCGGGCGCCACGCCCUGCACCCCCUCAACUACGUCACGCUGCAGUGCCUGGCGGCCCGCUCCAUCGAGAAGCACAGACUGCCCUACAAGGGGCUCAUCUCAGAGGAGAUGGAGGCCUUCAUUGAAUUGCACUGACCCCCCCCCCCCCCCCCCCCCCGAUCUAGCCUCCUCUCCAUCAGCCAUUUGCUCUAUCCUUUACAUUCAGUUCUUCUCAGGCUUAGACCAAAUCAAAGCAAUAAUCCCAUGCCACUAAUCGCAAGCGACAAACCUGUAAUUUAGGGAGGUUUUUCUCUUGUUAGCUUCUUUUUUUCCCCCCCAUUCAUUAAAAGGACAAACACUUUGAAAUACUUGGCUGGGAUUUGCAGUUAGAACUUCUAAUUUUAUUUAGGCAUUUGCAAUGUCGUCUGAUGUCCACAAGAGCAAGAUAACAAGUGUUUAGCUUUGCCUGUCAGUAUGUAAUUUGGCAGUACAAUUAUUUUAAGGUGAGGGUUGGCAGUAGUUGAGAAUAAGGAAUGGGGGUUUUAUUGCUAGGGGGAUUAUAAACUUUCUGAAAUGCCUGCAUGUUGGGAUAAAAUGAUGGUGAGAAUUUAAACUUUCUUAUAUUGCAAGAAAAUCCAUCAGUCUCUGGUACAGACCCUGUCUGGCCAGCUCCAUGGUCUGUCUUUCUGUCAUCGCCAUUUAUUUUUAUUUAUUCCAUUUUAUAGUUAACCUCACUUGAGAAAAGAAGUACAGUCUGCUGUGCCAAAAAUGUUUUCUCAGUUUUCACUGAUGGCCAGUGUAGCCAAAUAGAGUAGCUCUGAUUUUGUGAAGCGUCUUCAGCUUUAAAGAGUGAAAUUUGUAUGGCUGCUUACCAGACUGGAGUACUGUACUGGCCAUAGCAGAGUUUCCUUGUAUUUUAAUGGUUAUUUGAAACCGUAUCCUAACCUUGUUAAACCCGAUACAAGGAGAGCUUGGGAAAGGACAAACUAUUUUAACCACCAAGAGAAUCGGUUGUGCUUUGCUAGAGCUGACUGUCCAUUGCAGUGAACGAAAGUCAUUAAUCCUAGAAGUAACUUGGUCUAACCACAGGAUUUCAUCACAAUCAGAGGAGGUUGGAAUGGAUUAUGGAGUCUGUAAACGGACUACACCUGCCUCUUUAGUCUUAUUAUCAGACAUUUUUUGUUUUGUUUCGUUAUUUUACUGUACGGCAUUCUGUUGUUAACUUGACCUUUAUUUAAAGCACUUUGGAAAAUCCUAGGAUCUUAUUUUGCAUCCAAACCGUGGACUCACUCAGUUUAACAGAUUAAUGAAUUUAACACCUUCGGGACAAAGCAUUAGUUUGAGAUGCCUGAAUAAAAUUCAGUAUCCCAUGA